AUGGAAGACAAUGAGAGUGAUGAUAACUCCAUUGAAAUCAUGGAUGCCUUUAUACCAAGCCUUCUACAUCAUAAAAGGGCAAAAACCAAUCCAAAGCAAGCAGGGGAUACACAUUUUAAACCUGAAGGAUCGAAAUCUAAAGGGUCAAUGUUAAAGAAAUCAAAAAUGGUGUUUGGGGUAUCUUUUACUAGGGGAGAGGGUUUAGGAUCAGCUCAUAGGGUUGGAGCAAAUCGAGUAGGAUGCACAAGCGGCCCGUUAGUUAAACUUGAAUUUGAUUGCUCACUCGAUGAUGUGUCUUUCUCAGAUGACCAAUGUCCUAAGAAAGAUGGUGGUGAAGCCGAAAAUCUUGUGAGAGCCAAUGCUUUUAAAUCAGAAAAUCCUCUCUUCACAGUUAUCAUUCAUCCAUCAUAUGUUAAUGGCAAGGAUCGUGCGAGCUUACCCCAUGGCAUUAUCAACUACUUACCGAGAGAAGGCUUUAGCAAGGACUACACCAAAGGAAGUAUUGUACCUGUGAAGCUCCAAGUUGUGGACCGAUUAUGGCCUGUCAAGUUAUACGUUUAUGAAGGAAAAUACUCAUCAUGUGUCGUAUCUGCUGGUUGGUCUGCAUUUGUGAGGGAAAAUGGAUUGCAAGUAGGAGAUGUUUGCAUAUUUGAGCUGAGUAUGAGGGACGAUGUUGUGUUCAAAGUCCACAUUUUCAGGGCUGAUCUUGAUUAA